AGUGGAUGUGUAGCUCUCAUCUGGCCUCGAGGGGCCGAGGGUGUAAACCGCCAUGGCCGUGGGCAAGAACAAGCGCCUGACCAAGGGGGGCAGGAAGGGCGGCAAGAAGAAGGCGGGCGACCCGUUCCUGAAGAAGGAGUGGUACGACAUCAAGGCGCCCAGCGUCUUCACCGUCCGCAAUUGUGGCAAGACCUUGGUCACCCGCACGCAGGGCACCAAGAUCGCCACCGAGGAGCUGAAGGGGCGGGUGCUGGAGCUGAACCUGGCGGACCUGAACAACGACGAGGACCAGGCCUACAAGAAGGUGAAGCUCUGCAUCGAGGAAGUGCAGGGCCGCAAUUGCCUAACGGACUUCCACGCGCUGGAGCUGACGCGCGACAAGCAACAGUCGCUGAUCCGCAAGUGGCACACGCUGAUCGAGGCCCACGUGGACGUGAAGACCACCGACGGGUACCUCGUGCGCCUCUUUUGCCUCGCCUUCACCAAGAAGCAGCCAGGGCAGGAGAAGAACAACUGCUACGCGCAGACGGCCCAGAUCCGCAAGAUCCGCAAGAAGAUGACGGACAUCAUGACCGGCGAGGUGAACAAGGUGCAGCUCCGGGACUUGGUGAAGAAGCUCAUUCCCGAGUCCAUCGGCAAGCAGAUCGAGAAGGAGACGCAAGGCAUUUUUCCCUUGAAGGAUGUCCACAUUAAGAAGGUCAAAAUCCUCAAGAAGCCCAAGUUCGACAUCACCAAGCUCAUGGAGAUGCACACCGGCGGCGACGACGCGGGCGUGGAGAUGCUGCGGCCGGAGGAAGAUGAGGCGAAGAACCUCUUGACCGCCAGCGUGGAGAAGGCCGACGAGGACGACGAGUGAGCAGCGCGCGGGGAGCCGGCCCGGGGCGCCGAGCUGCAAAACGGGGCGACCGCGCGCGCGAUUCUGUGUUGGGGCUGCUGUGCUGUGGCUGCGCGUGCGUGUUCGCAUGCGCGCGCGUGUGGGUAUGUUACGCUCCCGUUGUGUACUCGGUGCGCUUUC